GUGGGAAAUACGUGUGAAUGCAAUUCUACAAGAGAAGUGUGAAACAUCUUUCUUAAGCAGCUGGGCAAGUUGUUUUAUGUGAGUCCCACUGCUGGCCGAUUAUGGACGACAUAGAAAAAGAGUUAAGGCGUUCUGAGGAUUCAGAUGAGGCCAGUGUUCAUUCAAAUACCAGCGUUUCAUCAAGAAAGUCUAAGCUCCCUCUGGUCAAUGUGGAUAACAGUGAAGAUAUAUCUUAUGGAAGUCGGUUUCGUCACAGUACAAGGAUCUGUCUGGAGCGAAUCAGAGAAGCCAUGUUGCAUCAUAGAUGGCAGGAGGCAGCAGAAUACAUGGUGUUUUAUCCUCAAAAACUGGAAGGAAGUGAGAUCGAGUACAGACAGAACAGAGAGCUUAUUUGGAGAAUCAGCAUUGAGCUUCUUCACCAUAUGCCCAACUCAAAGCUGGAAGACUACAACAACAUCCACGAACGGAUGAAACACUUAGGAGUGAAGAUUUAUUUGAAGGUGAGUCUGGAGCAGUCCUUCCACCUGAUGCUCUGCGGUCAGAUAGAAGAAGCAAAGCAGUUGCUGGCAAUUGGUGAAAGCUGGAGAUAUGGAAAGGAGUCAGCAUCUCAGCAUCAGACGGCCAAGCUGAUCCAGGCCUACAGGAGUUUACUGGACUAUGUCAUCUGGUGUGACAAAAAGUUUACACUGGACGACACCGAUGAUGACUCUGUAACCUACCAAGACAUGCAUAGCUACUUCAGACAGGCGUCUGUCCAUCUGAAAGAGAUUUUUAAAAAUCCAGGUGUCUGGGAUCCCUUCAUAGUUAGCUAUGUGGAGAUGCUGGAGUUCUAUGAUGAUCACGAAGAGGCUCUGAAAAUCUUGAAUGACUACGCUUAUGACGACACUUUCCCUCCUAAUCCCAACGCCCAUGUUUUUCUCUACCAGUAUUUAAAGAGACGUGGUGCUUCAGACAAGAAAUUAACGAAAGUGCUAAAGAUCCUCCGUACAUUGGUCCCAAGUCAUGAGUUCAUGUUGGAGUAUUCUUCCCUUCUGCUCAAGUCUGAGAAAAAAGGUGACAUCAAGAAGGCUUUGGGCAUUGUUAUGGAUAUGCUGGACUUCGCCUGCUGGAGGAAGGAAUUGGAAGUGUGGAGGAGUUUAAAUGAUAUCAUCGGAAAAUUGAAUUCAGGAUUAAACUGGAAAGACAUUCUCUCUGAAACAGUGGAACCUAGAAAAGACUGGUGGCCAGCGCUGCACUUCACCAGCUUCCACGCAGCUCAAGAUUCCAAGGAGAACCCAGAGCUGAUGAAACUGAAGGCACCAGUGGCAAAAAUCUUUUGUCCAGAUCUUGCCAGCAAGUACAUAGCCGCUGAAACUAAACUAAGGUGACUGAAGGGCAGACACGACGAAGGAAGUCAAGACAAAAUGUGAAAUUCAGAGCAGUGUUUUUACAAGAAAGAGUAUUAUAAUUAUAUAUUUUUAUAUAUUUGUGUUUACAUGUACAUAGACCUACAUGAAAAGCCUUCUCUAGUCUUCUCUUCUCUUUUAACAUCAUUACCUGUGUUGCCCACCAUGUGGAGCUGUCGUUCUUUAUUUCUUUACUACACUGUAGCUGCCAAUACCUGGUGGACAUGUCUAUCUGAUUUGGACUGAAACCGGGUGCCGCUUUUCAUGUCAGUGCAGAUGUUGGUUUUUGCGACCAUUUUGAUGAAAACUCGUGGCCUCAGCCGACCUUUGACUGUUUCAUCGAGGGUUUACGGAAGGUCACGAAUGACUGUACACACCACACACAGCCUGAGGGACACUCACACUGUCAAAACAGUUACGACAGAAUAAUAACACCGAUUUUUCAUUAAGCGUUUGCUGCUGUUCACUUCACCGCGUAGUUUCUUACUGAAUAAAGUUGUCGUUUCCAGAGCUUGGAUGAGAGUAAAUAUUUUGCACACAUGAAGCGAAUCAGCUGUUGUAAUAUUAAUUUCACAAAGCUCUGGCUUCUGAGUGGUUAUGAAGAGUCUUAUUAUAUCUGGUUCCAGUAAUUCAUAUUCUGUGACAAAUGGAGAUUCUUUUGCUCUUACAAGGCUCUUAACGACAUGAUAAGAUGCCGGUCUUCAAACACUGUGGUUAAUCUCUGAAGUCCUCUGCACCGAACCAUGAAAUAAAGUCUUGCAUCCAGCAGCAUGCCAAUUUAAUAAGUGAAAGUGUUUGUAAUGAUUGUGUUUCUGCCACAGCGUUGGCCGUGCAGCAGCUCAGUCAGCCGUACUGUACGAGUGUGUGUGUUGCUUUGCAGUCAUUACAUAAACCAAAGCCCAAAGCACUCACUGGGCCACAGGAGCAGCUGCAGAAGGGAUCUGGGAAUACGUAACACAUGUUGUUUAGAAAUUCAAAAAGCCGGGGAGCGGGGAAGAAAAUGGAGUCAGGAGCUGGUCACUGCUUUGGAUCGUGUCCUGGUCGUGACCUUUUUAAAUCAUCAUUCAGGGUUCGGAAUUAUUUUAAUCACCUACGCAGAUGUUCACAGUUCAGGCAGCUCUGGUCGUGGAGCGUCUCUGCUGGGAACUCUUACUCAAGGGCACUUUGGAAGAUAAUUUUUUGUCCAGGGACUCAGAAUGGUGACUGUGCUGUCUCAGGUGCUUUUGUACUUAAAACCACUCCAAGGUUACUCCACAAAGGCGCUGUGUGCAAACUUGCUGUGACUCACCAGAUCAUACUUUGGUUUGUGACAGUAAGAGGAAGAGCUGUUCCUAUUGGAGACGUCAGUUUGUUGGUACCGUAUGCAGAAACAGCAGGGGUAGCAAAGUAUUUAGCAUUUCUAAUAGCUAUAAAUAUUAAUGAAGUCUAAGCAGAAUCAAUGUCAACAACUGCAACUUCUUUGAAUCUGAUAUGUACAGGGUGGGGAAGCAAAAUUUACAAUAUUUUGAGGCAGGGAUUGAAAGACAGUGUAUGACCAGUUAGUUUAUUGAAAGUCAUGACAAUUUAUU